CAGUAGCAGGAGUGUUGACAGGGCGCCCCCAGGUGGUGAGCAGCAGCACACUGAGAAGAAGAGUAGCUCAGGUCUAGGAGGGGGAAGAGACCAGCAGCCCUCUUCCUCACUGGACAGCUCCAGUGUAGUGUGCUGCUCUCCCUCCUUGGAUAAGACAGCUCCUCCUCUCAAUCAGGACACCCUUCAGAGAGACCACCCAGCUCCUGGGGUUCCCCAACAGCUGUUAUAUGAACGCUACCCUGCAGUGUCUCUCUGGGGUACCGUCCUUCUCCAACGACAUCCUGAGGGAGGGGCACAGCUGGGACAUGAUGCCCCAGACUCGGCUGCUCAGGGACUGGAGCCCAGGGCAGGAGGAAGUAGCUUAAAGAGACCGAGACGGACUAGAAAAAAAUAUAAACUUGUGAGGUCACACAAGUCCUUCUAACCGUGAAAAUUAUAACUUCCAGUGGAAAACAAAGAUGUAAAUUGAACCUGUUGUUUAGAUCAUGUGUCUUAGUUUUCCUUCUGUUCGCCAAUACUGAGAUGUGCUCCUCUAGUCCACUGACUUGCCUCUGUUCUGCUGUGUUGAGGAGUGUCCAGACUGCCCUGUUCUCUUCCUUGCAGGUCGUUUGCUCACCUGCUUGCAGGGAGGAACCAGAGCAGCCUGAGUCAGAAGGAGGAGCAGCUGAGAUGCAUUAAAACAGUCAUCUCAGCUCCUCAUGAGGAGUUCAGUGGAGACAGGCAACAAGAUGCUCAUGAGUUCCUGAGCCACUGCCUGUCUCAGCUGAAGGAGGAGGGACAGGGGCUGAAUCUGGCCUGGGCCCGAUGGCUGCUCAGUGCCCAGGGCGCCCAGCCGGAGGGGGUGAAAUGCCUCCAUUUUUCACCUGUCCUGAGGUGACAAAUUUGAGUUUCAGCUCCAGUAUAAACACACCUGCAUGAGUUCAGUUUCUCAGGAAAAGAGCUACAAGUCAGUCUUGAUAAUUAGAGUUGAUUUUGGCCUUGAAAGGAAAUUGGAAGUGUUUGAAGUAAUGGGUGGUCACAUGUCUGCCUCUCUGUUCUCUGAAAGCUGUGAAACUCAAGCCACCAGGACAGAGGUGUUUCACCACCUGUCUCUGGACCUCCUCCCGCUGGACUCCAUCCAGGACUGCCUGGAGCUCUACUUCAAGCUUUUCUCCAAGGAGACACAGACACAGAGACAGGGAGAGAAGCUUGGGAAGUUGAUUACAGGCAAUGUCUCUUCCUUCGCCCAGGACAGCACAGCUGGCCUCUGUCACCUCAAGCUUCAGGACACUGCCCAGAGUGCUGAUCCUGCACUUGAAGAGGUUUAGGUACGACACCACGCUGCAGUACAACACCAAGCUGGAGGAGCCAGUGGUCGUCCCCAGCAGCUUGACCACUCAAGCCCAGUGCAGCAGUGGUAUCCAGCUUCCCCGUGCUCUGGACUGCAGAGCAGAGCCCACAGUGUUGUUAGAGGGGCUCAGUGAAGAAGAGCUCCUGGCUGCAGCCCUGCAGAUGGGUUUGCAGGAGAGCCUGCAGUCAGGACCUUCCACAGCCCCUCAGGACAAGCAGGGAGAAUCACCAGAGAAACAGAGCCCAGUGGAGCCUCACUGUGAGACAGAGGCAGUAGCUCAGCACAGACAGCAGCUGAACAGGGAACCAUCAACAAAUUAUCAGCUUGUUGGUGUCCUCAGCCAUGUUGGGAGAACUUCCACCUCUACAGGUGUGUGAGGUGAAGAGGAAGAGAUCCACACCUGGGACUGGGACUGGGACUGGGACUAAUAAAAGCGCACUGAAGUGCCUGUUUCCUCUUUAACCCAAA